UGCGUUUCCAUCUCAUCUGAGUUGAAGUUGAAGACUUGAAGGUUUGGAUUGGGUCUCAAACAAAUGAUAAUGGGUUGAUAUGUGAAUGGGCAUGGCUCUCUUGCGUCGAGUGAUUCCGUCUUUAAUUUCUAUAUCCACCAACAAUCCCACCCGUACCAUACAUCUUCACGUUCCUCAAUUAACAUUGGGUGAAACAAAUAGCAAUUCUAAAGUCAACAUGUUAUGUGAUUCAUUGAGAAGAGGCUUGAAUUGGGAUGCAUUGAAUCAAAGAUUUGGCUCACUUGAGUUGACUGAAUCAUUUGUUGGUAGGGUUUUGCUAGAAUUGAAGAAACCGAUAGAUGCAAAACAGGCUUUGGGGUUUUUUCACUGGUCAGCUCAGUGCAAGAAUUUGGAACAUGGGGUUGCCUCUUAUUGCAUCACAAUCCAUAUUCUUGUUGGAGCUCACCUGCUCAUGGAUGCUCAAUCUUUGCUUGAAUCAACACUUAAAAAGAAUGCAGGGUCAAGAUUUUUGGUGGUGGAUUCGUUACUCAGUAGUUAUAAUAUUACUGGGUCCAACCCACGUGUGUUUGAUUUAUUGGUACAGUCUUAUUCUAAGUUGAGGAUGUUUGAGAUUUGUUUUGAUGUUUGUUGUUAUUUGGAGGAGCAUGGCUUUUCUUUAAGUCUCAUCAGUUUCAACAGUUUGUUGCAUGUUGUUCAAAAAUCUGAUAACUACCCUCUGGUUUGGAAGAUCUAUGAGCAUAUGAUCCGAGUGAGAAAAUACCCAAAUGAAGUGUCAGUUAGUGUGAUGAUUAGUGCAUUGUGCAAAGAAGGGGCAUUGCAAAAAUUUGUGGACAUGCUAGAUAGAAUCCAUGGGAAGAGAUGCUCCCCAAUAGUGAUUGUUAAUACCUGUAUGAUUUUUAGGAUGUUGGAGGAGGGAAGAGUUGAACAAGGAAUGUUGAUAUUGAAGAGAUUGUUGCAGAAGAAUAUGAUUCUUGAUACAAUCUCUUAUUCUUUGAUUGCUUAUGCUAAAGUUAAGUAUGGAACCUUAGACUCUGCAUGGGAGGUAUAUGAAGAAAUGCUGAAUAGAGGAUUUCGUCCAAAUGCUUUUGUAUAUACUUUGUUCAUAGGAUCUCAUUGUGUAGAGGGGAGGAUUGAAGAAGCAAAUGAAUUGAUGCAAGAUAUGGAAAAUGCAGGUCUGAUGCCGUAUGAUGAAACAUUUAAUCUUCUCAUUGCAGGAUGCUCCAAAGCAGGAAGAUUGGAAGAAGGCCUAAGAUUAUGUGAGAGGAUGAUGCAGAGGGGACUUGUUCCUAGUUGUUGGGCCUUCAAUCUGAUGGCUGGAAAGCUUUGUGAGUCUGGGGUUGUGAAGAGGGCUGAUGAGAUGUUAACUCUUUUGCUAGAUAAAGGAUUUGUACCUGAUGAGAUCACAUAUUCUAAUCUCAUUGCUAGUUAUGGAAAACUAGGUGAGUUUCAACAAGUUCUCAAACUGUAUUAUGAAAUGGAGUACAGGUCAUUGUCUCCUGGAUUAUUGGUUUUUGAAUCAUUAAUCAGAAGUCUAUGCCAAUGUCGGAAGUUAGAGAAAGCAGAGAAGUAUCUGAGAAUAAUGAAAGAUCGGUCCAUUGCUAUAAGCACCUGUGUUUAUGAAACAUUGAUCAGCGGCUACUUUGAGAAGGGAGAUGAAUUGAGGGCUUCACAACUUCACAAUGAAAUGGUUUCUAGAGGAUUGAAGCCUAGCUGCUCCUAUAUGGUUCAUCCAUAAAAAUGUUCUGAUUCACAGUUGACAAUGGUGCAACAUCUACAACACCUGAAAAGGAAAGAGCUAAUGUAAGUACAAGGGGCGUGGCAACUGUCAACCCAAAAAAUAUCCCACCCUGUCCCCAGUAUACUUGCAUUUACCAAGUUACUUUUGUAUUAUAUAGAAUUAUGAAUUUUCAUUAUAUGAAGUUCCUAUUUUCCUAUAAUCAACCAAACUUUUUUGAUCAGUCCCCUUCUAGAGUUAUUCUGUUAGCAGGUCAUGUCUUUACUGCUACAAUGUUCACCAGAGCAACACUCACUGUUGGCUCUACAUUCUAUUCCUUUCAUGUCUCUGCCAAGCUAUAUUGCUGGAGCUUCAUUGAUGUUUGCACAUUUACUUGCCAGUGAUAUGACUUGAAACUCUUUAUGGAGUAGUUGCGAGGCUAGAGGUGUGCUUGUUAGCAUUCCUACGAUUAUGGUACUGAAGAGAUGGUGUUCUACAAUAUACACAUCCUACAAUCGUUGCAGAGGAUGUUCUUGUUGACCACAUACUAAUUCUGAUUCUGGCUGUGAGGUUUUGGGGAUAUGUUUUUAGCACCAUCCUCUGGCUAGACCCAUAGCUUAAGGUAAGGGUUCUACACAUUUCUGUAGAUACUAGGACUAAAAUCAAGUUUUUAGUUUCCUGGUUGUCCUAAGCUGUAGCAUGAAUACUGGAUUACAUUUUAGUAUUAGUAUGCCCUUUUAUUUUUUAUCCAUAUCAAGUGGUUAUCAUUUUAAGUUAAUCCUAGCUAGUUGUGUUCUAUUCA